AUUGAGUUUAUUAUUCUGGUUUAUCGUUUGAAUUGUGGGUGUGCAAAUGUGUUUGGUGUAUUAAGUGUUAUAAUGGCAUAUAAAUAUGGCUCUAAUAAUGGGAAAGACAUGGAGCAAAAAUUCAUCCUUGAAUGUAUUCGGUUAUAUAGAGAUUUACCUGCCCUAUGGAACAUGAAGAGUAAAUCUUAUUACGAGCGUGGAAAAAAGAAUGCGUCGUAUAAUAUACUGUUAAAAAAAUACAGGGAAGUAUAUCCAGAUGCCACAAAAUUGGAUAUCAGAAAGAAAUUUAACGUAUUGAGAACUAAUUAUAGGAAAGAGUUCAGGAAACAAAAUUCUAUGAAUUCUUAUAAACCCACUCUGUGGUACUUCAACGAAUUUAGUUUUUUGAAUGAGCAAAAGCCGGAUAUAGAAUCUUCAAUCGAUCUUAGUCAAGAGGAUGGCGUUUCUGACUCGGAAUCUUCUGUUUCCGCAGAGGUACUGCAAAACGAUAACUUAAUAAUUAAAGUAGAACAUGACAAGGAAACAAAUACGGUAAGUUCAAAAUUAUUAUAUCACACAGUGACUGUAGCAUAUCGAGUUAACACAAGAUGUCACCAUAAUAAGUUUUUUACUUAAUAUUUAGUACAUUAUGGUUUAUUAUUGCUUGCCAAAGUUUGGCUCUCGAACAGGCACAACACCAUGUGUACAGAGUAUGUCUGUACAAUACUGUACAGACUAUUUAGAACCCAAGGCUAUGGUACUAAGUGAAACUUGGCCAUUGUCCGUCGUCAUCAUCAUGAUCAGCCUAUUACCUGCUAGUAUACAAGCU